ACGGUUCAACUUCGUGAUAAUUAUUCUAAAAUAAAAUAAAGAGCGGUGGAGGACGGUAGACAUCUGCGAGCUGCAAUCGUCAGGGCUGGGAGGACGUCGUCGGCAAGGAGGCCCCACGAUCGCCGCAGAUCAGUGAGUCAGUGAGGAGGUGGCACGAGGUCGAACCUGGCGGAGGAGCGUGCAAUUAGGGUUAAAUUGUCCCUCUUCUAAAUCAAAUCACUGAAAUCCCUACUUCAAGUGAGAGAAUUGAACCAUUUCGUUAGCAAAUUUUCCCUCUUCUUCUUCUUCGAAUUCGAAGAUUGUAAGAAACUGCAGUCAUGACUGAGUAUUGGGUGAGUCAAGGCAAUAAAUGGUGCGACUUCUGCAAGAUCUUCAUAUCAAACAAUCCGGCCUCCAUCAGAAACCAUGAACUUGGUCAGCGGCACAAGGAUAAUGUCGCUAAGAAGCUCGAUGAUAUGAGAAAAGAUAAGGCUGCAAAAGAGAAACAACAGCAAGAAGCGGCUCGUGCCAUCCAGCAAAUUGAAGCUAAAGCUAAACGAAGCUACCAGAAGGACGUAGCAACUUUCCAGGAAACGAGAGAUACCAAUGUACAAGCAUUAGAGGUUGGAGUAGAUGGCGAAGAGAGAUGGAAAUUUGAUAGCACUUCUGGCUAUUACUACAAUCAGGGCACUGGGCUUUACUAUGAUCCAAAAUCAGGCUUCUACUAUUCUGAAGCCAUAGGAAAGUGGGUGACACAGGAAGAGGCUUAUGCUUCAAUCCCAGCUUCAGCUGACAGUAAAAUUAAGGCACCCAUUGUUGGAAAGCCAGCCUCAGUAUCAAAGGAAAGUAAAGCUACAGAGAAAGAUGAUAACUCUAAGUUGCAGAAGGGUCCUCCGCCUGGGCCUGUUGUUUCUAGCUCAUUGAAUCCCAUGAGAUCAUCCAAAGGCGCUGCCCCUUCUUCUCUAGCUGUCAAAAGGAAGAGACAAGAUGGGAAGCCGAAGGCCAUAUCUAAAGAAGAGGCGGCGGCCCUGAAGGCAAGGGAGGCUGCAAAAAAGAGGGUUGAAGAGAGAGAGAAGCCAUAUCUCGGUCUUUACGGAUCUCGCUGAUUAGGAGGUUGAAAUGAAUCAGGGCUGACUCACUUUCGCCAUGGAGCAGGAUGCCGAAUCCCUGAUCAAUAUGGAUUGCCCAUCAUUUGUUAGAAAAUUACAGCCAUGCCACCGUGCAUUGUAGCACUAAUAUUCGGCGGAUUUGGUCAGCACAAAUAGCAUUGCUCUUUAUUUGCAGAAUGUGUCAUGUUGAAGUAAUGUUGGUUGGUGCCUUUGCCACCAAUCUGUCUUUUCUUGGAAUUGAUGGUUUGGUCAUUAGAAACAAUCACUUGACCAGUCAAGUGCUAGAAAUUGAAAUUUUUGCUUGAAAAUUCAGAUUGAAUGGACUAGAGUUGAUUUUAAUCUCA